GGAGCGCCAAAUUCAAAUUCUCGCCAUCUUAGGCGGGCGGGACCGCUGCUGGGCGGGAGGUGGAAUCGUCGGCUGAGCAGGUUCCAGGUCCAGGGCUGAGGGCGCUAUGGCGCCAGGCUGCAAAACUGAGUUACGAAAUGUGACAAAUUCUCAGUCUAACCUGCCAAGUAAUGAAGGUGAUGCCAUCAAAAUUUUUGUGCGAAUUCGUCCACCUGCCGAGGGCUCUAGGUCAGUUGAUGGAGAGCAUGGCUUGUGCUUAUCUGUGCUUUCCACAACAAGUCUCCGGUUGCAUUCCAGCCCUGAGCCCAAGGUCUUCACAUUUGAUUAUGUUGCAGACAUGGACACCACGCAGGAAUCUGUAUUCUCAACUGUAACUAAAAGCAUUGUGGAGUCUUGCAUGAGCGGCUAUAAUGGUACCAUCUUGGCAUAUGGGCAGACUGGCUCAGGGAAGACAUUUACUAUGAUGGGACCAUCUGAAUCUGAUAAUUUUUCUCACAACCUGAGAGGAGUAAUUCCACGAAGUUUUGAAUAUUUAUUUUACUUAAUUGAUCGUGAAAAAGAGAAGGCUGGUGCUGGAAAAAGUUUCCUGUGUAAGUGUUCCUUUAUUGAGAUCUACAAUGAGCAGAUCUAUGACCUGCUGGACUCUGCCUCAGCUGGACUGCACUUACGGGAACACAUCAAGAAGGGAGUGUUUGUUGUUGGUGCAGUGGAGCAGGUGGUCACUUCUGCUGCUGAAGCCUAUCAGGUGUUGUCUGGAGGAUGGAGGAACAGACGUGUGGCAUCAACAUCAAUGAAUAGAGAAUCCUCUAGGUCUCACGCAGUCUUUACAAUCACAAUAGAGUCAAUGGAAAAAAGCAAUGAGACUGUGAAUAUACGAACCUCCCUACUCAACCUGGUGGAUUUAGCAGGAUCUGAAAGGCAAAAAGAUACCCAUGCAGAAGGGAUGAGGUUGAAGGAAGCAGGUAAUAUAAACCGAUCAUUGAGCUGCCUAGGCCAAGUGAUUACCGCACUUGUUGAUGUGGGUAAUGGAAAACAAAGACACGUGUGCUACAGAGACUCCAAACUUACCUUCUUGCUUCGGGAUUCUCUUGGUGGUAAUGCCAAAACAGCCAUAAUUGUAAAUGUUCAUCCCGGAUCCAGGUGUUUUGGGGAAACCCUGUCAACACUUAAUUUUGCUCAAAGAGCCAAGCUGAUUAAAAACAAGGCAGUGGUAAAUGAAGACACGCAAGGAAAUGUGAGCCAGCUCCAAGCUGAAGUGAAGAGGCUCAAAGAACAACUGGCCCAGCUUUCUUCCGGGCAGACACUUCCAGAAAGCCUUCUGACUAGAGAUAAAGAAAAGACUGAUUACAUGAAGUAUUUCCAGGAGGCAAUGGUAUUCUUUAAGAAAUCUGAACAGGAAAAGAAGUCUCUGGUAGAAAGAAUUACCCAAUUAGAAGAUCUCACCCUCAAAAAGGAAAAAUUUAUUCAAUCGAAUAAAAUGAUUGUGAAAUUCCGAGAGGAUCAAAUCAUGCGGCUAGAGAAGCUCCACAAGGAAUCCCGGGGAAGUUUUCUGCCUGAGGAACAGUGUCGCUUACUCUCAGAAUUAAGGGAUGAGAUCCAGACACUCCGAGAACAAAUAGAGCACCACCCUGGAGUUGCAAAAUAUGCUAUGGAAAAUCAUUCCCUCAGGGAAGAGAAUAGAAGACUGAGAUUAUUAGAGCCUGUGAAAAGAGCCCAAGAAAUGGAUGCCCAGACCAUUGCAAAACUAGAGAAAGCUUUCUCUGAAAUAUCUGGCAUAGAGAAAAACAACAACUGUCAGCAAGGCUUUUCUCCCAAAGCUCCAAAAGAACCAAGUUCAUUCGCAAACACUGAGAAAUUAAAAGCACAACUCCUGCAAAUUCAGACAGAGCUGAAUAACUCAAAGCAAGAAUAUGAAGAAUUCAAAGAACUAACUCGGAAAAGGCAGCUAGAAUUGGAAUCAGAGCUUCAGGCUUUGCAGAAAGCAAACCUUAAUCUUGAAAGCCUUUUGGACGCAACAAAAGCCUGCAAGCGACAAGAAGUUUCUCAACUGAAUAAAAUUCAUGCUGAAACACUUAAGAUUAUAACUACACCAACCAAGGCUUAUCAACUUCGUUCUCGAUUAGUACCAAAAUUAAGCCCUGAUAUGGGGAGCUUUGUGUGUAAUUCUAGCAUAUUAGAUAAUGAUAUAUUAAAUGAACCAGUUCCACCUGAGAUGAAUGAACAAGCUUUUGAGGCCAUUUCUGAAGAGCUUAAAAAAGUGCAGGAACAAAUGAAUGCUCUUCAAGUCAAGCUAGAUGAGGAAGAGCAUAAAAACCUGAAGCUUCAGCAGCAUAUUGACAAACUGGAGCAUCAUUCGGCACAAAUGCAGGAGCUUUUCUCAUCAGAAAGAACUGAUUGGACCAAACAGCAAGAAGAACGUCUCUCACAGUUGAAUGUCCUUGAAAAGCUGCUUCAAGAGACUCAGACUGAGAAUGAUUUUUUAAAAAGUGAGGUGCGUGACCUGCGAGUAGUUCUUCAUUCUGCUGACAAGGAGCUUUCUUCAGUAAAACUGGAGUAUAGUUCAUUCAAAAAGAGUCAGGAAAAAGAAUUCAACGAGCUGUCUGAAAGACACGUGCAUGUACAGCUUCAGCUGGGCCACGUCAGAUUAGAACAUGAAAAGCUUCUUGAGAGCCAAGCUUGCCUACAAGAUUCCUAUGACAACUUACAGGAAGUAAUGAGAUUUGAAAUUGACCAACUUUCAAAAAAUCUCCAAAACUGCAAAAAAGAAAAUGAAACUCUGAAAACUGACCUCAAUAACUUGAUGGAGCUUUUUGAGGCAGAAAAAGAACGCAACAACAAAUUAUCAUUGCAGUUUGAAGAGGAUAAAGAAAACAGUUCUAAAGAAAUCUUAAAAGUUCUUGAGGCUGUACGACAGGAAAAACAGAAAGAGAUGGCCAAGUGUGAAGAACAGAUGGCAAAAGUACAGAAAUUAGAAGAGAGUUUGCUUGUUACUGAAAAAGUGAUCGAUUCUCUGGAAAAGUCUAGAGAGUCUGACAAGGAAGUUGUAGCUGAACUCAUGAACCAGAUCCAGGAACUAAGAACAUCAAUCUGUGAGAAAACAGAAACUAUAGACACCCUGAAACAAGAACUGAAGGACAUAAACUGCAAAUACAACUCUGCUUUGGUUGACAAAGAAGAGAGCAAAGCAUUGAUCAAGAGACAGGAAGUAGAUAUUCAGGAUCUGAAAGAAACCCUUAGGCUGAGAAUACUCUCUGAGGACAUUGAGAGGGAUAUGCUCUGUGAAGAUCUGGCUCAUGCCACUGAGCAGCUGAACAUGCUCACAGAGGCUUCGAAAAAACACUCAGAGCUGCUUCAGUCAGCCCAGGAAGAACUGACCAAGAAGGACGCCCUGAUCCAGGAACUUCAGCACGAGCUAAUCCAAAAGAAAGAGGAAGUAGAACAGAAGAAGAAUGAAUAUAACUUCAAAAUGAGGCAACUAGAACACGUAAUGGAUUUUGCUGCCGAGUAUCCCCAGAGUCCUAAAACACCACCACCUCAUUUUCAAACACAUUUGGCAAAACUCCUGGAAACACAAGAACAAGAGAUAGAAGAUGGAAGAGCCUCUAAGACAUCUUUGCAACAUCUUGUAACAAAGCUGAAUGAAGACAGAGAAGUCAAAAAUGCUGAAAUCCUCAGAAUGAAGGAGCAGUUGUCUGCAAUGGAAAACCUGCGCCUGGAAUCCCAGCAGUUAAGAGAGAAAAACUGGCUCCUACAAAGUCAGCUGGAUGACAUUAAAAGGCAGAAGGACAACAGGCUGCCAGAUUCGUUAAGGGAAAGAGACCUUACUGUAGCUUCUGUUUUCCUUCAAGAAAUGGUCUUGUACUCACCCGACAGAGAGAGAUUCCUAGAGAAGCUCACGGCAUUCAGUGACCAGAAUCAUCCCAACGAUCAACAGCUGAAGGGUGAAGAAGAAGAAAUUAUCAAAGAAAGACUUGCUAAAAGUAAAAUAGUCGAAGAAAUGAUGAAAAUGAAGGCAGAUCUAGAAGAAGUCCAGGGUGCUCUUCACAUCAGGGAGAUGGAGUGUCUCCAGAUGAUGGAGGAAAUUGUUCGAACCAGAGCAUUAGAGUCGAAAGCCUUCCAGGAAAAGGAACGCCUGAGAUCAAAACUGGAAGAGAUGUAUGAAGAAAAUGAGAGGAGGUCCCAGGAGAUGAUGAUGCUAAGGAAGCAGGUGGAAUUUCUCACUGAGGAGAAUGGGAAGCUGGUGGGCCACCAAAACCUACAUCAGAAGAUUCAAUACGUAGUGCGACUGAAGAAGGAAAAUGUCAGGCUUCUCGAGGAGUCAGAAAAGUUGCGUGCUGAAAAUAUAUUUUUAAAGGAAAAGAAAAAGAGUGAAUCCUAAGGAUCCUGGUCAACUACUAAGGCAUCGUCUUGUUUGGAGAUUUAUUUUUUAUUUUUCUCAAAAGUAAGACAUAGUCUUGUCUACUUAGCAGAGCUGAAUUUGAGGAUCUUAAUUAUGACAUGUGUAUGGGGGGGCAGAAAAUGACCCUUGAAUUUUCUAAUGAACAUACUGUAUACAGGUACACCUGUGACAGUAUGCAGCAUACUAUUAAGGGGCUAUGUCUCCAUUUUCAGACUUGAAAUUGGUUGUAAAUACUGGAAAAACCCUUUUGUCUUCAAAAUAAGAACCUGUAGCUAAGUUUGCAGUAGAUGUUAGAUCAUUUUCUUCUCAGGUAAUCUCCUUUGAUUCUUGUGGCAGCUCUAACAAUAUAUGGUGGUUCAAUAA